AUGGGCCGUGCGCCGCGGACUGACGCGAUGCGCCCAAUGGCCCCCGGCGCCCGCAUCCCGCCGGCGCCGUUUUCCACCUUGCACCACAUGCGCGGGGGGAGGCGAUGUGUGGCGCGGGCGGCUGGGGGCGAUGAGGUGCUGAGGUCGCUGUCGGCCAACCGGGAGCUGUCCGUGCUGACGUCGGUGGGGACGGCCGUGGUGUCGGAGGCGACGGGGCGGCACGUGACGGCGCCCACAGCGUCCGCCGCGCUGGGGCGCGUGAUCAUGGGCACCCUGCUUCUGGGCUGCUUCAGGAAGGAUGGCGAGGUCACUCAGAUCAGCUUCACUGGGGAUGGCCCCUCAGGAGUGGUUCAGGCCAUCGCGAACGACAGUGGCCUGGUGCGCGGACGCAUCGGCUGCCCCUCUGCCAACCUGCCACUGCGGGGCGACGGCAAGCUGGAUGUGGGCGGACUCAUCGGGCAGGGAGUGGUGACUGUGGUGCGCAGCGGGCCCUUGAGGCCACAGCCCUACUCAGGUAUUGUGCCCAUCGCAACAGGAGAGGUGGCGGAAGACCUGGCAACGUACCUGGCCAAGAGCGAGCAGGUCAACACUGCGCUGGCACUGGGCGUUGCGGUCAACAGGGAUGGGAGCAUACGCUCUGCUGGCGGAUUUGUUGUGCAGGUCCUGCCGAAUGCAUCUGAUGAAACGCUGGACACCUUGGAGGGCACCCUGGCACGCAUACCCACAGUGACAGACAUGAUCCAUGAUGGACUGGGGCCAGCAGACAUGGCGGAGGCCCUCUUUGGGGGCAUUGGCGUGGCCCCCGGCGCCGUGGCCCUGACCCCAAGGUAUGGCCCCUGCAACCCCGACCGCAUUCUGAGGGACCUGCCCCAGGUGCUGGCGGCCAUGGGAGAGGAGGAGGUGCGCAAGGUGCUGGACGAACAGGGCUGCAUCGAGGCCAGGGACGAAUUUUGCAACGAGUGCGUGCAGGUUGGGCCUGAGGAGGUGUUGUCACAGCUGGAGAAGAUCAGCCAGGGGGGCCAAGAGGAAAGCUAG